AAGACAUUUUGAACACCAUGUUGGCCUGGUACAAACAGGAGACAAAGGUUGCUAGUGAUGAGUUCCCUGACUGGAACUACGUCCUGGAUGUUUGGAUACCAGAGGCCAUAGUCUAUGCUCUAAUUAAAUUGAAGAAGUACACUCGUAAGAAAGCGUGGCAGCGGUUUGAGAAAGGUGUGUACAUAACAAAGAAAGAGAGAGCGGAGGUCCACAAGUCGAUACUGGAGAGCGCUAAAAGGAUAUCACCUGAGGACGUACAGAGGUACGAGGAAAACCUAAAGGACAGGAUGAACGUCAUCUGUCAACGGAGUGGACUCCAGAAUAUCAUAUUAUGAUUAAGAUCUAAAGGACAGGAUGAACGUCAUCUGUCAACGGAGUGGACUCCAGAAUAUCAUAUUAUGAUUGCCAUCUAAAGGACAGGAUGAACGUCAUCUGUCAACGGAGCGGACUCCAGAAUAUCAUAUUAUGAUUGCCAUCUAAAGAACAGGAUGAACGUCAUCUGUCAAUGGAGUGGACUUCACAAUAUCUUAAUAUAAUAAUGAGAGAAUGAAGCGGUGAAGUAUCUUAUGGAAAACCUCAUCAAUCAUCAUUACGGAAACCGAAAUGUAUGAAAGUGUGAUCCAUGAAAAAGCUUGUCAUCUAAUGUUGACUAGAGUACAUGAUAUGCAGGUCCUCGUCAAGUAUCAGCUCAGGGGAUUCCUAAUGACCACUUUAUGAUGACUACCAUACGGUAUACAAGGGCAUGAGUUGUUCAACAACACAACACCAAGGUGGGCUCUGUAACAUCAAGCUUUGAUAAUUUGGGGCAUACUGUCUGUGAAGAUGCAUACAGAUUGAUUUCUUUGAUUCGUCAAUUAGUGGAAACUAAAGGACCAUUUAUGAUUAAAAUGAAACCUAGUCUACCUUACAUGUACCACCGAAAAUAACAAAACAAUGGAGUUUGAUCUUGUUACCUCAAUGCAGGCCUGUAG